UGUCUGCUGUCACCCACACAACAGUCAGGUCGCUCGGUCCUGGGGACGAGAAACAUCAUUUGCGCUUGUCAGGGACCUUGAAGUCGUCUCCAGCGCCCCAGCAAAAACGUCAAUUGUACUGAUUAAAGGAUACCCGGCCAAAACUUGGAGGAUAGCCGCAGCAACAGGCCGUGCUGACCGCAGCCAAGUCAUGGAGGAUGGGAAGCCAGUGUGGGCCCCCCACCCCGCAGACGGGUUCCAGCUGGGCACCAUUGUCGAUAUCGGAGCCGACACGCUCACCAUAGAUCCGCUGAGCCAGAAUGGCAAGACGUUCCUUUCUCCGCUAAGCCAAGUGUUCCCAGCAGAAGAUGACGUCAACAAACAUGUUGAGGACAACUGCUCCCUGAUGUAUUUGAAUGAAGCCACUCUCCUCAACAACGUCAAAGUCCGAUACAAUAAGGAAUAUAUUUAUACUUAUGUGGCUAAUAUAUUGAUAGCUGUCAAUCCUUACUCUGAUAUCCCCAAACUGUACGGCCCUGAAGCCAUCAAGUCAUACCAGGGGAAGUCUUUGGGGACUCAGCCCCCUCACGUCUAUGCAAUAGCUGACAAAGCCUACAGGGACAUGAAGGUACUAAAGAUGAGUCAAUCCAUCAUUGUUUCUGGUGAAUCAGGUGCUGGCAAAACUGAAAACACCAAGUUUGUUCUCAGAUAUCUAACUACAACUUAUGGAAGUGGUCAAGAUAUUGAUGAGAGAAUUGUCGAAGCAAAUCCCCUCUUGGAGGCAUUCGGAAAUGCUAAAACAGUCCGGAAUAAUAACAGCAGUCGCUUUGGGAAGUUUGUUGAAAUCCACUUCAAUGAGAAGAAUGCAGUUGUAGGUGGAUUUGUCUCCCAUUAUUUGCUGGAAAAGUCAAGGAUUUGCAUGCAAAGUAACGACGAGAGGAACUACCACAUUUUCUACAGGCUUUGUGCUGGAGCAUCUGAGGACAUCAAAAAGAAACUGCACCUCAACUCUCCAGACGGCUUCAGAUAUUUGAACCGAGGCUGCACCAGAUAUUUUGCCAGCACAAAUUCUGAUAAGCAAAUCAUGCAGAACCGCAAGAGUCCUGAGCAUGUGAAUGUGGGCGCACUGAAGGACCCUCUUCUCGAUGACCAGGGUGACUUUAAUAGGAUGUGUGUGGCUAUGAAAAAGAUUGGUCUGGAUGACACAGAGAAGCUGGACCUGUUUAGGGUGGUUGCUGGCGUUCUGCACCUCGGCAAUAUUGACUUUGAGGAAACGGGAAGUAGCUCAGGGGGCUGCGUUCUGAAGAAUCAAUCCAGACUGACUCUGGAGUAUUGCGCCGAUCUGCUGGGUCUGGACCAGGAUGAUUUGAAGGUCAGCCUCACAACGAGGGUGAUGCUCACGACGGCAGGGGGCGCCAAAGGAACGGUUAUCAAGGUGCCUCUAAAGGUGGAACAAGCUAACAAUGCCCGCGAUGCCCUUGCCAAGGCGGUGUACAGCCGCCUCUUUGAUCAUGUGGUCAAACGAGUGAACCAGUGUUUCCCUUUCAAGUCCUCCUCAAGCUUCAUCGGGGUGCUGGACAUCGCUGGCUUUGAGUACUUUGAACACAACAGCUUUGAGCAGUUCUGCAUCAAUUACUGCAAUGAGAAAUUACAGCAGUUCUUCAAUGAGCGCAUCCUGAAAGAGGAACAAGAGCUCUAUCAAAGGGAAGGACUGGGAGUGAACGAAGUGCAUUAUGUUGACAACCAGGACUGUAUUGAUCUCGUUGAAGCAAAACUCGUGGGCAUUCUGGACAUUCUGGAUGAAGACAACCGUCUUCCUCAACCCAGCGACCAACACUUUGCACUGGCUGUCCACAGCAAGCAUAAAGACCACUUCAGACUUACGGUUCCUAGGAAGUCAAAACUGACUAUUCAUCGGAAUCUCCGGGAUGAUGAAGGCUUUAUCAUCAGGCACUUUGCUGGAGCUGUCUGCUAUGAAACGACUCGUUUUGUGGAGAAGAACAAUGACGCCCUCCACAUGUCCUUGGAGAGCUUAGUUUGCGAAUCUAAGGACAACUUUGUUCGACAGCUGUUUGAGACCUCCACGUUUAACAAGGACUCCAAACACAAGGCGGGAAAACUCAGCUUCAUCAGCGUUGGAAACAAAUUCAAGACGCAGCUCAACUUACUGCUGGAAAAGCUUCGUAGCACUGGCUCCAGUUUUAUCCGCUGUGUCAAACCCAACCUGAAAAUGGUCAGCCACCACUUUGAAGGAGCUCUCAUUCUCUCACAGCUGCAGUGCUCAGGAAUGGUGUCUGUGCUAGACCUGAUGCAGGGCGGGUUCCCCUCCAGAGCCCCCUUCCAUGAGCUUUACACCAUGUAUAAACAGUACAUGCCUGAUAAGCUUACGCGACUGAACCCACGACUUUUCUGCAAGGCUUUGUUCAAAGCGUUUGGACUGAAUGACAAUGACUUUAAAUUCGGGUUGACCAGAGUGUUCUUCCGCCCGGGAAAGUUUGCUGAGUUUGACCAGAUCAUGAAGUCAGAUCCUGACCACCUGGCAGAGCUUUUGAAGAAAGUCAACAAGUGGCUGGUGUGCAGCCGUUGGAAGAAGGUCCAGUGGUGUAGCCUGUCAGUGAUCAAACUCAAGAACAAGAUGAGCUACAGAGCUUUGGCAUGCAUUAAGAUUCAGAAGACGGUGCGCAUGUGGUUAUGUAAGCGGAAGCACAAGCCACGCAUCGAUGGUAUGGUAAAGGUGAAAAACCUGAAGAAGCACAUAGAGCGCUUCAACGAGGUGGUCAGUGGGCUGAAGGAGGGCAAACAGGAGAUGGCCAAGCAGGUCCAGGUGCUGGCAACCAGCAUAGACUCUCUGUUAUCCAUGAUAAAGAGUUCAGUUAUGAACCGGAAAGAGAUUGACACAGAGUACCAGGUGUUAGUGAAACGCUCAGAGCGGCUGCUGUCCUCCAUGCAGAAGAAGAAACAGCAGGAGGAGGAAUCUGAGAGGCUGAAGCGCAUAGAGGAGGAUUUGGAGAAAGAGAGGAAGCGGCGGGAGAAGGAAGAGCAACAACGCGAGCAAGAGGAAGAGGAACGAAGACUGAAAUCAGAGAUGGAGCUAAAGCGGAAAAAGGAAGAGGAGGAUAGGAAAAAUCGAGAGGAAGAGGAGAAGGUUCUGCAGACGGAGCUUGAAAUCCAGUUUGCUCUGGAGCGUGAGGAGCAGGUCCAGCGGACUGCCAUGCUGGAGCAGGAGAGACGUGACAGGGAGCUUGCCAUGAGGAUUGCUCAGAGCGAGGCCGAGCUGAUCACUGAAGAUGGUCAGAUGGACCCCAGUCUGCGCAGUGAUGAGGCUUUUUCGGAUCUUCCUAUCUCUGCAUCCUCAGCCAAAGCCAUGGGCCCUCAGGUGCAGGCAACCAAAGCCGCUGCAGGCGUGAAAAAGUACGACCUCAGCAAGUGGAAGUAUGCUGAGCUGCGAGAUGUCAUCAACACUUCCUGUGUGGCACAGAAAGGAAGGUAUCGCCAUUAUGGAGGAUGAUGGACCUCUGCCCUUCCGGCUCAUUCUGAGCCAACUUCUACUCUGUCAGCAUGAAGAGCAGAUGACUUUCCACUGGCUGCCCAGCUUAUGUCUUUAUGGCGGAAACUGUUAUAUCAAGCAACUCGGAUACUUCCUGUGGGAUCCCAAGGACAUCUGGAUAAUCUGUGGAAGCUAUUUCAUGUUAUGCCGCUGCUUACAUAAAUCAGUUCUUGAAGGCCAAUGAAUUUGAGCCUAAUAUUUUCUCAUCCAACUGCUCAAGAGUUGAUUACCUCCACCAAGGAGGAUCUUUGUGUUCAACUUACAAUUUUGGGUAUAUCAACCCGCUUUAUUUUUUUAAUUCCAAGAAUGUUCCUGAUAAAUGAUGAUUUUUCCUCAACUGUAAUUAAUGUUUAUUAAAGUUCCAUACGAGUUGCUAAUUUUUCAGCAAUUUUAACUUUUUCAGACAUUCAUAUCGCUGUCCAGCAUAAUCACAUCAAUUUGUGUUUUGCUCAUGAAGAAUUUCAUUAUUGUAUCCCACCAGAGCCACCCUUGGAUUCAUAGUCAUCCCUUUGCAUCAACACAAAGUUUUUGUGUGUCGAACACGUGUCAGUUUUAUCUGCAUCACGUUUAAAUGUAGUGCGUUUGUAACAGUAUCAGAUCUCAACUUGCAUCAAACAAAGUUAUAAAUUUUUUCCCCUCAUGGAUUGAGUGACAUUCAAAAAGUUACCUUUCAUUUGCGCUUGGAUUGGAUUGAUCCAUUGAACAACCUUUACGGUUCAUAAUAUACAGUACGAUGCAAAACUCCAUUUGAUUAGACGCUCCAUUAUAUUUGCUGCUUAAGCAAUUCUUUAAUGACCAUAUAGAACUAAAAUGUCACUCAGUGGAGUGCAGACCUGUUCAUUAACAACUCUUAUGUUUAUGUUCAUUUGUCCAUCUGUUUGUUAGUUAGCCAGCUGCGUUCCAGUUUAUGGUGGCAACUGUUCCAUUGAUGCCAAAUAAACUGCCCGAUGAUAGCUGGGAUAGGCUCCAGCACUCCCGCGACCCUUGUGAGGAUAAGCGGCUCAGA